UAGACUGGAGAGUUGAAGGCCUUGGGAUUUUCAAGUCCCCCGCUAUCUCUGAGCCUCCGCUCUGCCCAGGGACAUGCCCUCCGGAGGCUCAACGAAAGAGCCAGGGCUCCUGGGAGGCCAGCAAGUAGACGCUCAUUUGUGCAGACGGUGUUUCUGGCAGGCUCUGGGGGCACAGUCUCCGGGUGAAGGAAAAGCUUAGAGGAGGCCCAGGCACCUCCAGAGGGACUCCAGCGGUCCUCGUCUAGGAUGCACCCAGCAGCUGCAGCUAGAUACUUCCAUUCCAGUCAUCUCUGGUCUCUUCUCAACCAAUUCCAGGGAGGCAAUCCCAGGGCCAGGGGAAAGGGAGAUGCUUGGAUAACAGCCCACCCUGCCGUGGCCAGUGCAGAUGGGGUCUCACCGUAGAGGAAAUCAGCAUGAUGUCAUCAAAAGGCCACAGAGUGCCGAGGCCUUCUGGUUGGUAGCUCAGGACCGUGACCAGGACCCUCUGACCUAUGGGAUUAGUGGCCAAUUUGCCUACUUCUUCAGUGUCACCCCAGCCACUGGGGAAGUGAAGCUGGCCAGCCCUCUGGACUACGAGACGCUCUACCUGUUCGCCAUCACUAUCUCCGUGAGCGACGGUCGCAACAACCCAGUGCAGAAGGAAAUGCAUGUGAUCGUGGAGGACAGAAAUGACAAUGCUCCCGUUUUCCAGAAUACUGGCUUCUCCACCAAAAUCAAUGAGACCCUGCCCGUCGGCUCCCUGGUGUUCUCUGUGAUGGCCAAGGACCCGGACACGGAGUCUGCAGGAGCCGUGGUGUACUCCAUACAGGCGGUCAUCCCUAGCACUGGAGACAGCCAGCAUCUCUUCAGGAUCUUGCCCAAUGGCUCCAUCAUCCUCAAUGGCAACCUCAGCUACAACAACAAAAGUGCCUUCUAUCAGCUGGAGCUGGAGGCCUGCGACUCAGGCGGCAUAUACAACAACAGCCUCAUCACCCAGUGCUCCUCGCCUGUCUUCCUGUCCAUCUCUGUGGUCGACCAGCCGGACUUGGACCCCCAAUUUAUCAGAGAGUUUUACUCAGCCUCUGUGGCUGAGGAUGCACCCCAGGGAACCUCAGUGCUGAAGGUGGAGGCUGUGGAUAGUGACAGAGGCAUCAAUUCCCAGAUGAUCUACAGCAUUUCCAACUCCACAAGGCCCGGCUUGUUUGACAUCAGGCCAGAUGGGGUGAUCACGGUCAGUGGUUCCCUGGACCGUGAGCAGCUGCUGGAGGAGGAUGAAGAGGUGAAGGUGCGGGUCACGGCCACCGAGAAGCACCAAAACAUCUACGGGCAAGAUGCCAAGGUGAGCAUAUGGGUCACGCUGAGGGUGACAGAUGUCAAUGAUCACAAACCCGAGUUUUACAACUGCAGCCUCCCAGCCUGCACCUUCACCCCCCAAGACACCCAAGUCAACUUCACUGGCUAUGUUGAUGAGCAUGCCUCCACCCGCAUCCCCAUCGAUGACCUCACCAUGGUCGUGUACGACCCAGACAAGGGCAGCAAUGGCACCUUCCUGCUGUCCAUGAGGGGCCCCGAUGCCGAAGCCUUCAGUGUCUCCCCCGAGCGGGCGGCGGGCUCAAUGGAUGUGCAGGUGCUUGUGAGAGCUCCCGCACUGGUGGACUACGAGAAGCAGACAGUGAUGCUGGUGCAGGUCGUGGCCACUGAUUCAGUCAGUGGAAACUCCUCCGUUGCCCUGGUGACCAUCCACAUUAGGGAUGUUAAUGACCACAGACCCACAUUCACCCACAGCUUGUACAACCUCAGUGUCUCGGAGAACAGUCCAGACGGCACUGUGGUCACCAACAGCAUCCAUGCCUUCGACCCUGACACGGGUGAUGGGGGCCGCAUCACCUACAGCCUGCUUCCGGGGAACGGGGCAGACGUCUUUGAGGUGGAUCCAGACUCAGGGACAGUGACAGUGAGGAACAGCGAGCUAUUGGACCGUGAGAAGCAGGCUGUGUACUACCUCACGCUGCAGGCCACAGACGGCGGGAACAUGUCGACCUCCACCACACUGCAUAUCAUCCUGCUGGAUGUCAAUGACAACCCGCCUGUGGUCACCGGCUCCUACAACAUCUUUGUCCAGGAGGAGGGCAAUGUCUUUGUGACCAUCCAGGCUCAUGACAACGACCAGCCAGACACCAACAACAGCCAUCUGCAUUUCAGCCUGCUGCCUGGCCCCUACAGCCACAACUUCUCAGUGGACCCUGAUAAAGGGAUCCUCAGAAACCUGGGGCCCCUGGACCGAGAGGCCAUUGAGCCUGCCCUGGGGGGCCGAAUUGUGCUGACCGUGCUUGUGGCUGACUGUGGUGUGCCUGUCCUCAGCACUGAAGUCAAUAUCACCAUCAACGUGGAGGACAUCAAUGACAAUCUGCCCGUCUUCAACCAGUCCAUCUAUUCCUUCUCGGUGAAGGAGAGGGACCCAGGAGAGCUGGUGGGCGUGCUGAAGGCCUGGGAUGCGGAUCAGACGGAAGCCAACAACCGCAUCAGCUUCAGUCUUUCAGGGAGUGGUGCCAACAACUUCGUGCUCCAAGGCUCGGUGCUGGAGGCUGGGUGGGCUGAGGGCCGCCUCCGGCUGCCCUCGGAUGUGAGUCUGGACUACGAGACACAGCCCUUCUUCAAUCUGACAGUGAGUGCUGAGAACCCAGACCCCCAUGGGAGAGAGGCCACAGCAGAAAUCCUUGUGGCUGUGGAGGAUGUGAAUGAUGAACCGCCCACUCUGGACUCAGCCUCACUCCGGGGCGUCCGUGUGGCUGAGAAUGGCUCUCAGCGUGGCCUGGUGGCUGAGGUGGUUGCUCGCGAUGUGGAUACCAUGGCCCAGCUGGAGAUAGAGCUUGUGAACGUCAUCUGCACCAAGGCCGGGGUCAACGUGGGCAGCCUGUGCCGUGGCUGGUUCUCUGUGUCGGCCAAUGGCUCUGUGUUCAUCAAUCAGAGUGAGGCCAUUGACUAUGAGACCUGUGACCUGGUCACGCUAGUCGUGCGGGCCUGUGACCUCACAACGGACCUCCGCUUCCAGGCCUACAGUGACAAUGGAAGCCUCGCCAUCACCAUCGAGGACACGAAUGAUAAUAAACCCUAUUUUCUGCCUGACAAUAAGACUUUUGUUAUCAUCCCAGAACUUGUGGUGCCCAACCAGCAGGUGGCUUCUGUCCAGGCCAAAGACGAUGACUCAGGGAACAACGGGGCCAUCCUGUUCUCCAUCUUCCAAGUGGAUUUCAUCGCCAAGGAUGGGACCACGACCCCUUUCCAGGGCUUCUUCCGGGUCUCCACCUCAUUGGAGGCCAAUGUGUUCAUUGGCAACAUUGAGCUGGUGACCAACCUCGAUUCCACCCUCCAAGGCACCUACCAAGUGACAGUCGAGGCCCGGGACAGACCUUCUGUGGGUCCUGCUCAGGAAGCCAUUAUCACCCUGAAUCUCUUCACUGUGGACCAAAGUUACCGUGUAAGGUUGCAGUUCUCCAUGAACAAGGAGGAGGUGGGCGCCAACAUGGAAGAGAUUACAGCGGCCCUCAUUCAGGCCACCAGGACUACUGUCUACGUUGUGAGCAUUCAGGACAUAGAAUCCAUGACUCGGGCCCGGGGCCGUUCCUACCUCGAUGCCUAUUUUGUCUUCUCGAAUGGGUCUGCCCUGACACUUGAUGAGCUGAGUGUGAUGAUCCGGAAUGACCAGGACUCCCUGACGCGGCUGCUGCAGCUGGGGCUGGUGGUGCUGGGCUCCCAGGAGAGCCAGGAGUCAGACCUGCCAAAGCUGCUCAGCAGUGUCAUCAUAGGACUGGGAGUGGCUUUGCUGCUGGUCAUCGUGAUCAUGACUGUGGCCCUUGUGUGCACCCGGAAGAGCUACCACCGAAAGCUUCGGGCUAUGAAGGCUGCCAAAGAGGCCCGGAGGACAGCAGCAGGGGUGAUGCCCUCAGCUUCUGCCAUCCCUGGGACUAACAUGUAUACCACUGAGCGGGCCAACCCUAUGCUGAACCUCCCCACAAAGGAUCUGAACUUCGAGUCCCUAUCCUCCUCCAGUGACCUAGACCACAUGAGCCUCAAUUCCCUGGAUGACAACUCUGUGGACCUGGAAAAGGACAAGCAGAAAACCAAGAAGGAGCCCCUACACAGUCCAGUGGAGCUAGAAACGGAACCCCUGGGUGCAGUGCUGUCAGGAAGGAAGGUGGACACAGAUGGACAGCAGGAGCUCUCCUUCACCAAUGCUGGCCUGGACACCACAGACCUGUGAUGUCGCUGCCACAGGACCCAGGCUGCAGAACCCCACAUGGCCCCCGCUCUUCCGUUGCACCUUGGAAGAGGUCUUGUCACCCCCAAAUGACACCUACCCCUCCCUGAACACAACAAUAUAUCUUGCUGCUCUGCC